CCCAGAAUCGACCUGCAAGAUAAGAGCUAAAAUUGCAAGACUAUCAAGAGAAACACUACACAGAGCUGCAAUCGGCGGUCGAUGUGAUGUUGUUCGUUCACUUCUUGGAUUUGGUGAAUAUGUGGACAAGAUGGAUAAGUUUGGUUUGACGCCUCUUCACCUUGCCGCAUGGUAUGGCCAAACAGCUGUUGCAGAGCUCUUGUUAAUGCACGGUGCAAAUGUCAAUGCCGCAGAUAGGUUUCAAAAAACGGCGGUACAAAAAGCUGAACUGAACAAUCACCGAUCCAUUGUUGAGCUGCUUCUGAGGAAUAAUGCAAUUCCCAUUUACAAUCAACCGCUCAGCCUAAUGUCCCUUUCGCGAAAAGCUUUUCUGCACGUAGAUGCACGAUCCGGUUUCAAUCGACUUCAGGCAGCUGUAUUUCAUGGCGAUUAUCGAACGGUUUUAAAAGCUCAUGCCCUUCUUGAUAAUUAUGUUCAAGACAUGAACUUAAAAAAAACAGGAAGUCGAGCAAAGGUUUUUCCUGGUAGAACCGCAUCAGAAAUUAUUUCAGCUCUGCGAAAAAAGGGAGAAGGAAAUGUUGAUAUAGAAAAACUGUACGUAGAGAGCGUUGAGAAGGUCGAUACAUUAAUUGAGUUGCACUUAAGUAAAUGUAACAAUGAUGCAGAGAAGGCUGUGGAGAUUGUUUUAAACGAGGGUGUAGAUAUAAAUAUACCAGGAAAAAGCAACCGUACACCUUUGUUGUGGGCAAGUCCAUCAGCCUCUGGUGAGUUUAUCCAGACCCUCAUUGAUCUUGGAGCUGACGUAAAUGCUCAGAGGACAGACGAUAAGGUUACACCUUGGUAUUUGGCAGCUUCUUGGAACAACUACAUGGCCGUUGACAUCCUUUUAAAGCAUGGAGCCAGUGUGAAUCUUCCUAAUAUCUAUGAAGAGACGACACCUCUGCAUUUGGCAGCGAUAAAUGGUAACAUUCCAGUUGUUAAAAAGCUGGUUGAAUUCAACGCCGAUAUUGACUUGAAAGUGGAUGGAAAAGAUGCAGCUGACUUGGCUCAAAUGAACGAGGAAACAGAAAUUGAGGAGUAUCUUAAAUCUAGAAGAAGCCUUUCCCAAAGAGACUCGGAAAGUCAUUCGGCAGAAAGUCAAUUGGUGGAAAGUCAUUCAGCGGAAAAUCAAUCGGAAGAAAGUCAAUGGGUAGAAGGAAAAUUGAUUUUAAGAGGCGCCAUUAAAGGUGCAAAACAAGGCUUAAAGUUCCUCGAACAGGGCUUAAAGUUCUUCGAAGAAAAAUACGGUUAA